AUGCAGCGCAGCCCAAGCAGCAGCAGCAGCAGCGGCAGCAACAACGACGGCAGCCAAGGCAGCAACACAGACUACUGCAGCAGCAGCAACAGCAGCAGCAGCAGCAGCAGCAGCAGUAUAUGUGGAGCGGAGGAGUGUGCAGUGUCUCUUUCUGGCAGAGACACUGCAGCGACUCGCAGCAGCCUUGAGGACAGCGCAGCAGCAGCAGCAACAGCCGCAGCAGCAGCAGCAGCAGCAGCAAACGUAGGGCCUCAGGUAUCCUUAGGCAACUCUUCUCUUAGCACCAGCAGCAGCAGCAAAUUGGCUGGUCCUCCUCCCGUGGUAGAGGAACCUGAAAGUGCACCUGCAGCAGCAGCAGCAACAGCAGCAGCAGCAACAGCAGCAGCAGCAGCAGCAGCAGCGUGUACAACGACAGAUGCAGCAGGUGCCGUUGAGGCGACAAUGAAAGGAUCACAUAGACUAGAGCAGGGAUCGGACCCUGCAGCAGCAGCAGCAGGUUGUGCUGCUGCUGCUGCUGCUGCAGUACCACAUGUUGCUGUUGAUGCUGCAGCAGCAACACAGGCAGCAGCAGCAGCAGCAGCAGCAGCAGCAGUAGGAGCAGAAGCAGCGAGUAGGAAGAACGUCGAUGCUUCAGCAGCAUCAGCUGCAGAUUCAGCAGUAAGCCCUUCAGCAGCAGCAGCAGCUGCUGCAGCAGCAGCAGAAGAAGCAGCAGCAACUGUAGCAGCAGAAGCAGCAAUUCAAUCUCUUGCUGCUCUCCUAGAUGGACCCCACCAGCAGCCAUCGCGGAGUGUUGCUGCUGCUGUUGCUGCUGUGCAUACAGUGACAGUAGAGGCAGAGCAGGCAGCGAUGAUGGCUGCUGCUGCUGCAGCAGCCGCAGCAGAAGCAGCAGCCGCAGCAGAAGCAGCAGCAGCAGCAGAAGCAGCAGCAGCAGCAGAAGCAGCAGCAGCCGCAGAAGCAGCAGAAGUAGCAGCAGCUGCAGAAGCGGCAGAAGCAGCAGAAGCAGCAGAGGCAGCAGAAGCAGCAGAAGCAGCAGCAGCAGCAGAGGCGGCAGAAGCAGCAGCAGCUGCAGCUGCUGCUUCUCCACAGCAGGCUGGGGAAGCCGGCCAUUCGCCAGCUGCCGAUGCAGCAACAGCAGCAGCAGCAGCAGCAGCGACAGCAGCAGAUGCAUCAGCAGCAGCAGCAGAGCUAUCGGAGGCUGCUGCUGUUGAAGAAGCAGUCAACGCAGUGGUAGCAGCAGCAGCAGCAACAGCAGCAGCAGCAGCAGCAGCAGCAGACAGUCCUCCUACAGCCACUCCAGUAGCGCCUCCGCCUGCAGCACCACCGCCUGCUGCUGCAGCACAAGCUUCAGAUGCAUCAGCAGCAGCAACAGCAGCAACAGCAGCAGCAACAGCAGCAGCAGUUGCUGCUGCAGCAGAGGGAGCGCCACCCUUCUUGUUUUUCUCUCAGGGACUUGAUCUUAGUCAUCUAGUCUCAUCUAGUCGGCAGCAGCAGCAGCACCAACAGCAGCAACAGCAGCAACAGCAGCAGCAGCAACAGCAACAGCAGCAGGAGGAUGCUGCUGCUCGCACUGCUGCUGAUGUUGCUGCAGCGCGUAGCUCUCCUGCUGCAGGCUCAGAUCCUUCGACAGCAACACUGCUGCAGGACAGUCAGCAGCAAACGGGAGGGCAGCAGCAGCAGCAGCAGGAACAGGAGCAGCAGCAGCCUGGCGAUGGGCCUUCUUCGCAGGAAACAACAGCAGCAGCAGCAGCAGCAACAGCAGCAGCAGCAGCAGAAGUUGUAUCUCCUGAACCACCGGGUCCUUCUCCUCCGCAACAGCAACACCAGGAACAGGAGGAGGAGCAGCAGCAAGAGAACCAGCAGCAGCAACAGCAGCAGCAGCAGCAUCAUGACCUGUAUGCUGUUGAUAGAAUAGUAGGGGUAAGAGCAACAGCAGCAGGUCUGCUGCAGUAUAAGGUACGAUGGGUAGGACAUUCUGCUGCUGAGGAUACAUGGGAGCCGCAGCAGCACCUGCGGGGCCUCGAGCUGCUGCUGCAGCAAGCGCAGCAGCAGCUAGGUGUUGAUUGUUUUAUUCCUUGGGGGCCUACAGAUCCAAGAGCUGCUGCUGCCGCAGCAGCAGCAGCCACCACGGCAACAACAACAGAUACAGCAGCAACGGCAACAGCAGCAUCACCACCAACUGCAGCAGCAGCAGCAGCGCAGCCAAGAAGCCAAACAAACACGCAGAAUUCAGGGUCCAGCAGCAGCAGCAGCAGCAACAGCAGCAGCAGCAACAACAACAACAGCAACAGCAGCAGCAACAGCAGCUGUAACACCAACAUCAACAACGAUAGCAGCAGCAGCAGCAGGAACAGGAGCAGCGGCAGCGGCAGCAGCAGCAGCAGCAGGAGCGGCGGCAGCAGCAGCAGCAGCGGUAGCAAAGGUGGCGUAUCGGUUCCUGCACCAGCAGCAACGCGCGAACUGAGCAGCAGCGGCCAUCCGACCAGCAGCAGCAGCAGCAGCAGCAGCAGCGGCAGCAGCAGCAGCAGCAGCAGUGGGUGCAGGACCUCCCCCCCUCCUCCUGUGCUGCAGAGCGUGCUGCAGUACCGCAGCAGAUUUGGUCGAGGAGAGUACCGUGUUAAGUUUUGGGGUGUAUCCUCAGGUGGGCAGAAAUGGCUAACAGAGCAGCAGCUGCUGCUGCUGUUGCUGCUGCUGCCAGAUAAUUCUCUUGCUGCUGCUGUUAGGCAGCAAGCAGCAGCAGCAAAGAUGCAAUGGCAAGAAAGAACCAGAGAAACUGCAGCAAUAGAUAGUGCAUGGUGGGGUUGUGUAUAA